AUGUCAGUUCACGAACUGCAACGAUUGGCAGAGCAGAAGCGAAUCGCCGAAAUGCAACAACAACCGAUGGAUGUGGAGAGAAGAGAGUUGGUGCUGAUGAUUCGUAAUUUGAGGAGAAUCAUCCGAGAGUUCGAUGAAAUCUUGUUGAGAAACGAACGAAAUGGCGUUGAGACCUCACCCGAAUGGUCACGUCAACGUCAGGUUUGUGUAGAGCGUUGUAAUCGUUACCAGUUGCUGCUGGACAGCUUUGACAGACCGAGGUUCGGUUUGGUGUUAUUUGUUUGUUGGUAUUAUCCCUUAUUGAUGUGA